AUGGCCACCGCCGCUUCUUCCUCUUCUCUCGAGAAGAGUUACGAACUCCCUGACGGACAAGUCAUCACCGUCGGAAACGAACGCUUCCGUUGCCCAGAAGCCCUCUUCCAACCAUCUUUCUUGGGUAUGGAAUCUGCUGGUAUUCACGAGACUUGCUACAACUCCAUCAUGAAGUGCGACAUUGAUAUCCGUAAGGAUCUCUAUGCCAACACUGUCCUUUCCGGAGGAACCACUAUGUACCCAGGAAUUGCUGACCGUAUGCAAAAGGAAAUCACCGCCCUCGCUCCAAGCACCAUGAAGAUCAAGAUCAUUGCUCCACCUGAGCGCAAGUACUCCGUAUGGAUCGGAGGAUCUAUCCUUGCCUCUCUCUCCACCUU